AUGGCUGAUUGUCAAAGUUCUCCUGUACGGAUCAUGGCUUGGAUCAUGCCACGAACAAUCUCAACCGCUUUAUGCAAGUGUCUUGUAGCAUACCAUAACGUGCAGAAAGAACUUGAGGCAUCCACCAGUAAGUAUAUCUUUGUCAAGAACGGGUAGAUGGCUUUUCCGGAUAAGAAAUGACGGCAGUACCUACCAAAACGAUUCAAGCAUGUCUUUCUCAUCCGGGAACCUCAUAAACUGUUCACAUCCUACAUGAAAGCGAUGUAUCAGCACCUGACAAAUGUUGGAAUCCGCUCAGGGGAUGCCGCCGACGAAGGCGCCUUCGACAUCGGUCACGGUGACCCUGUCAUGAACGCGAACGAAUUCUACAGCGGAAUAACAGAGCUUUGGAAUUACGUCCGGGACAACUUGGAUCCCAACCCAAUCGUCAUCAACACUGAUGAUCUGUUGACCAACCCCGCUGAUGUGCUUCAGAAGUUCUGCGAUCUUACCGGACUUCCUUACAGCGAUUCUCUUCAUUGGGACGCUUCUCCAGAUGUGAUCAAGAACUGGAUAAGGGUUAGCGACAAUGUCAUCAAGUUGGCCAAUGCGUUUUUUAAAACAGCACUGUUCUCCAGUAGAUUUCUUCCGCCAAAACCGGCAAUUCCCAUAGACAAACUUGCACCAGAUGUCAGAAAACUGGCAAAGGUCUCCAUCCCACAUUUUGAAAACAUAAAUGGGUUUAAGAUAUGA